AACAUGGAAGCUGAAGGGCCAAAAGCUUCUCCUCAUGUUCUGAUAUUUCCAGCUCCGGCACAAGGACAUGUCAACUCCAUGCUCAAGCUAGCCGAGCUUCUUGCCUUUGCCGGCGUCCAUGUGACCUUCGUCAACAGUGAGUACAAUCACGAUCGCCUUGUCCGUUACACCAAUAUCCUAGCUCGUUUCGCAUGCUUUCCUGGAUUCCAAUUCAAGACCAUCCCUGACGGCCUUCCACCGGAGCACCCACGAUCCGGUUCCCGCGUCAUGGAUUUGGUCGACAGCUUAAAAUCGGUCACUAAGCCACUCUUUAGAGAGAUGCUCUUCUCGGGUCAGUUUAAUUCAGUCAGUAGUAGGAGCUCCGUGAGUUGCAUCAUAGCGGAUGGGAUCUUGAGCUUUACCAUUGACGUCGGCGACGAACUUGGCAUUCCCGUCAUUCAUUUCCGUACCAUCAGUGCUUGCUGCUUCUGGGCUUACUUUUCUAUUCCAUUUGUAAUUGAGGCGGGUGAGCUUCCCAUUCAAGGAAAUGAAGAUAUGGAUCGCGUUAUAAGCAGUGUACCGGGCAUGGAAACUUUUCUCCGGUGCCGAGAUCUACCUAGUUUUUGCCGAGUCAGCAACCCGGCAGAGCCGAAUUAUCUCCAACUCUUUGUGGAGGAGACCAGACAAUCCCCUAGAGCACGUGCACUCAUUCUCAACACGUUUGAAGAACUAGAAGGAACUAUGCUCUCCCAUAUACGCACUCACUGUCCCCAAAUCUAUACCAUUGGACCCCUCCAUGCACUCCUCAAACUCAAACUUGGAUCCGAAACGACCGCGUUGCACUCUCAGUCUUCCAACAGCCUCUUCCAAGUGGACAGAAGCUGCAUGACGUGGCUUGACGCUCAACCUUUGAAGUCUGUAAUCUACGUGAGCUUUGGAAGCAUUACUACAAUGACAAAGGACGUGCUUAUGGAGUUUUGGCACGGUUUGGUCAAUAGCAAGAAGCGGUUCUUGUGGGUCAUACGGCCAGGCUUAGUGGACGGAAAUGAUGCCGAUCGUCAGACUCCGGCCGAGCUGGUGGAGGGGACAAAGGAGAGGGGGUACAUGGUGGGUUGGGCCCCACAAGAGGAGGUCUUGGCCCACCCGGCCAUUGGUGGGUUUCUGACUCACAGUGGUUGGAACUCAACCAUAGAGAGCAUAGCGGCUGGGAUACCCAUGAUUUGUUGGCCUUAUUUAGCCGAUCAGCAAGUGAAUAGUCGGUUUGUGAGUAAGGUUUGGAAGCUUGGGAUGGACAUGAAGGAUGUCUGUGAUAGGGUUAUCGUGGAAAAGAUGGUGAAUGAUCUGAUGGUUGAGAAGAGGGAGGAGUUUCUGAAAUCAUCGGUGGAGAUGUCUAGGUUGGCAAGAGAAAGUGUGAGCGAAGGUGGGUCCUCUUACAGUAAUUUGGACCGUUUGAUCGACGAUAUAAGAUUGAUGAACGUGGGUGCAAAAUGAUGAUUUUUCUUUUGUUGAUUUGUUCUGAAAACGGAAGAUAUUGAUCUUUAGACCUUAUGUUAUAAUAUUAAUAAAUUUGUAAUUUAUAAUUUUCUAUAAACUCAACUUUUGGGGUUAAUUGAUGAUUUAA